AGUCUGUAAGCUGUAAUGUGCAGGAAAGGUGCAUGGUAAAAUGUGUGACGAAGAUAGGUUAAAGUUAAAAGCGCAAAUUAAUCAACAGAGUGAUAUUGUGCGAAAAUUGAAAGCAGCCAAAGGAAGUAAAGAUAAGGUAACUAAAAUCAGCAUUCCGAAUGCCAUCUCUGUGAAGGAUCUUACAAUGCUAGACAAUUUACUUGCCAACAUUAGUUACAUAGGAGGCUAUGAACCUUCCUAUGCUGAUAAAGCCAUGUAUGAUGUCCUUAGAGGGGUUGGUUGGCCUUCUAGUAUGUCUCAUCUUACACGAUGGUAUCAGCACAUCAAAAGCUUUUCCCCAGUAGAGCUGGAGGCAUUCCCAACAGGUGUACCAACUUGUAAUAAUCUGCCACCGCAAGUCGUAGGCCUUCUUUCAACUAAUAAUCAUGGAAUUGAUAUUGGCUGCAAGAUAACAGAAGAAGUGAGUCAUCUGCUUAACCUGAAGGCACAGUUGGGAACUGUGGAAGAUGGUUCUGGACCUCACAAGCUCAUCCUUAAGACUCCAAAGGGUACACGCGAUUAUGGACCUUCCCAGAUGGCCAUCCGAGCAGAUGUGUUCAACAAAAUCAUCUCUGUAUUCAAGCGUCAUGGAGCUGAAACUAUUGACACACCCAUCUUUGAGCUAAAGGAAGUUCUGACUGGAAAGUAUGGCGAGGACUCCAAGUUGAUUUAUGAUCUUGCUGAUCAAGGUGGAGAGAUCCUAUCAUUGAGAUAUGAUCUCACAGUGCCGUUUGCUCGCUAUCUUGCCAUGAACAAGAUCAGCAACAUCAAGCGGUAUCAUAUGGCCAAAGUGUACAGGCGCGACAAUCCGGCCAUGAUGCGGGGACGAUAUCGGGAGUUCUAUCAAUGCGACUUUGACAUAGCUGGUCAGUAUGACCCCAUGAUCCCAGAUGUGGAGUGUGUCCGUGUUGUGAGUGAAAUCCUUACAUCCUUGCAACUGGGAGACUUUCUCAUCAAGGUCAACCAUCGACAGCUACUGGAUGGGCUGUUUGAGGCGUGCGGUGUUCCGCCAGACAAAUUCCGCACAAUAUGCUCUUCUGUUGAUAAGCUGGAUAAGUCUCCUUGGGAGGAGGUGCACAAUGAAAUGGUGAAUGAGAAGGGUCUGUCUCCCGCUGUGGCAGACUGCAUCGGCAAAUAUGUGCGUCUGAGUGGCAAGACAGAGUUGGUAGAACAGCUGUUGCAGGAUGAAAUGCUCGUAGGUCAGUGCAAGAGCGCUCGUGAUGGACUGGAAGCCUUGAGACUGUUCCUCAAAUACUGCACACUUUAUGGGCUGCAGGAUCAGGUCAGCUUUGACCUCAGCUUGGCCCGUGGGCUUGACUACUACACCGGCGUCAUCUAUGAGGCUGUCUUACUCAGUGACACAAAGACUGAACAUGGGGAGAGUAGUGGAGUUGGCAGCAUUGCAGGUGGUGGUCGUUAUGACAACCUGGUGGGGAUGUUUGACCCAAAGCACAAGAAUGUGCCCUGUGUCGGCGUGAGCAUUGGCGUGGAACGCGUGUUCUCGGUGCUGGAGGCACGCCUCGCCAGCAACAAGACCAAGGUGCGAACAACAGAGGUUGAGGUGUUUGUGGCGUCCGCCCAGAAGAACCUUCUGGAGGACAGGAUGAAACUCUGCAAGGAGCUGUGGGACUCCAACAUCAAGGCAGAGCAUUCAUACAAACGCAACCCCAAGUUGUUGGCACAGCUGCAGUACUGUGAAGAAAUGGGCAUUCCUUUGGCAGCCAUCUUGGGUGAGUCAGAACUGGCAAGAGGAAUUGUAAAGCUGCGUCAUGUUGUGACUCGUCAUGAAAUUGAGGUCCAGAGAGAGAAUGUGGCGCAGGCCGUGCGUGACCUGCUGACUAAAGCAAGUGGAAACAGCUGAGCAUGAAUGUAAGGACUGAAGUAUUUCUUCUUUCUACAUAAUUCUCUUCCAUCGCUAGGAUUUUUAUCAUUUCUGUUGUAGAAAGCAUUACUUCACUGUGGCUACUGAGAAACGGUUUGUAACAAUUUCUUGUUCAUAUGAACCGUUUAUACUCCUCACAACAGUAUGAAUCCUGCUCUCAUUCUCCCCACACUCUUCUUAUCUGUUCUGUUUUGUGGCAGCGUUGGCAUUGUCUGUUUGUCAUGUGCUGGAAACCCACUUUACUGUAUAUCCAUUCUUCAGUGUUAACUUCAUUGAUGUUUCCAAAACUUCUCAUAGCGCACAACAUGCCAAGAAUUUUGGCUUGCUGAUUGCUUCAUUAGGUUAACCCUGCAAAUCAUUAUCAUCUAGAUCUGGAGGGAGUUUCUUCCAGGAUCACACCUGCAUCCCACACAACACCAUAAUUUUAUUCCAUAAUUGUAUCAUGCUGUCAAAGAGUACUGAGGUCAUCCCAGUACGUUUAUAUCAUUGGCUAAUUAUCUUUCCAGUUCUCUGUUUUCAAAAUUUUCCAUUAUGUGGGAAGGGCCAUGCCUGCCGUCCUUUUUGGUUACUGGCGUGUAUUUUGUUUUCUCUUCGUUAAUUUGCAAGUUCAUCUCCUUGCUGUGUUGUCAGCAUAUGCAAACAUCUGCACUGGUUUAUAAAGGAUGCUGCUCCUUGUAUUAAUUAUUGCAUGUCUGAUUACCUUUUCAAGUGCUGUGUUAAACAGCCGACAUCCUGAAGCACCUCCGUUCCAUAUGAAUAGGGGUUCAUAUAACAUUGCCUGAAUUCUGAUUUAAUAUUGCAUGUAAUUACUCAAGCAGCAUUUGAAUCACUCUGGGUUAGUACAGGGAUAGUACAUUCCAUGAUCCAGUUUUCAAAUCCUUUGCUUGCUUGUUUGUUUGUUUGUUUGUCAUUCUGCUUUAAAGAGGUCAGUCUGACUGUCACUUUCUUAGAUUUCAUUAGUGUGUUUUUAGGUUACAUUAGGUUGUUAGCCCAGCAUCCACCCUGGAGGACCAAGCCUCUGAAUUUAUUUCCCCCAGAGAUAUGUGGCCCAGCUGAAUCCCAGACACAAGGUUUCCUCUUUUAGUCACCUCUUGUGACACACAGGGGUAUGGUGGGGUUAUUCUUCUCCACCCCCGCAUGGAGGAAAUGUUGACGUCACAUACACGAAGUUUCAUUGUUCCACUUUAAUAAUAUCACAAGUAAAUGUUGGUAUUUUUACACAGUGGCACAGUGACAGUGUUUCAGAUAAAUUAAGUUGCCAGUGCGCGAGCUAAUUGAAACUGCUUCUGCUGUAAUUUUAACAGCCUGAACAGUGCUGAUGCUGUCCAAAAUGACAUUUCUUUUGUAUGCUCGGUUUUGAGUGGCGUACGCACAUAAGAGAAGCACUACCACGUAGAAUGCUUCUCAACUGCUGAAUAAAUAAAAUGCUUUACAUAAAGCAUGGCAUAAAAAAAACUAGCCAAGUUCAGGUUGACCCAAAUCAAUGGAAGCCUUUUGCAAAUAAAGAAGCAAGCAGCUUGACACUCGACAGUUCAUAUGUCCAGAUGCAAGAAAAGGCAAAGUUCAAGUCAGAUCCCAGACUGCGACAUGCGUUUGGUACUAUUACGUACAAAUUGUAGAAGAAAGGUGCUUGUGGUGUUUGAAUAAAUAUUUUAAUAUAUCAACGUGUAAUUUAACAAUUUUGCCCAACGGAUUUCCUGCAAGGUCUGGAUGUUUCUUUUCAUUAUGCCCCCAUAUUAAACAUUUGGGAAAGUUGUAGAAACAAAACAAGUUUUCUAUGAUACUGUAACGUACUGUAAUUAUUAGGCAGAAGUUAACCUAAUUCUACUCUUUUAAAUUGUCAACGUACAACUUGUCUAGACUGAGUUCCCUUUGUGGGUAUUUAAAUUUAUAUGUAAAUUCUGGCCAUAUACAUCAGUGAAGUCCAUAUGCAGUGGCCAGAAUACUGGCUAUAGGAGAUUAAAGGUUAAUUUAUAAUUCUAGAUAUGUUCAGGUACCUAAAAGAUGGAAGAAUUGUCACAGUCUGCAAAAUUCUUGUUAUUAAAUCCCAAAGGUGCUAACAUCUCCUCUACUUCUCAGAGUGAUGAGGUUUAAGAAAUGUAAAACAAUUCUAGGUGCUUGUGGUUCUCAUUUACACCUGCAGAGUACCAUAUUAAAAAUAUUUUUAAAUUAAGAAAAGUGCUCUUGAAAAAUAUAUUUUUUGUCCAAGGAAGGUGAAUACAGCAAAGGACUAGAAAGUACAUGAAUGCUCACUCUGUUCUCUUCUUACAGUAGAAUAGGACGUGUACAUGCGGGCUUCCUUGCAAGGGACCGCUUGGGUAUUUGUGAAACAACAGAUGGGAUGGUGAUAUUAAUGCGGAGCCUUGAGAAGGGGAUUUUUUAACUUUUGUGGCUCAAAUAGGGCACAGUGGCCAGCAUUUAUGUUAUCAGUAUUCAUCCUUGGCUUUAGUACCAGAGUUGCCAUCCAUGUGUUGGUAAAGUGUUACUGUUGUGAUCAUUGAAUGUGUCUCUCAAGAUGUAUGUGAUGACAGCCGUUGUGUUCUGAAUUGUCAGGGAGAUGCCCCUUCAUAUUAUCUUACUAAAAGAUCUGACUUAUUCUGAAAUUAUUUAGUUCGUUUAAGUUACAGAUAUGUGAUGGGCAUUUAAAUAUUUCUGAAGAAUUAAUAUGUAUUGAGAGACUGCAAGUGUCUUCUACUUUGACUUAUUUGUUGUAUAUUAAUUCCAAGAUGUCACAGCUUGGCCUGGAAGCAUACAGCCAAGUCUAGAGAUGGUAACAGACAUAGAAAAUUACAUGAGUUUCAAAAUUUGUAUCAAUCUAAUACUGGUAAGGCGAUUAAAUCAAGGAGGAUGACCUGGAUUGGACUUGUAGCACAUACAAGGCCAGAGGGCAUGGCAACCAUCAAGGAAGGACACCUCUUUAGAGACCUAGGCUUAGAUUAAGGAACAAUGGGUACUAGAGGCAGGACGUGAAGGUGUGGAAUCGAUUUGGUUGACUCGGGUACUUUUGUGAACAGAGUGAUGGAUCCCCAUAUUCCAUAAAACCAAUGAAUUUAUUAAAUAUGUUAAUAAUCAUUAAGUGGGUCAAUUAUGGCUACAACUAUCACGAUCACUAAAUUCUUUGAUUAUGUCCAUUGUCUGUGUUUUUAAAAAGAACACUUCAUUUCAGAAGCUGGAUCUGCUUCCGUCCUCAGGUUAAAAAGUGAGGAGGGGCGCCUACUCAGUUGGGUCCGAUAGAAAGAGCUAAUCUCAAUCACCGGACAACCUGAAAACACAUGGACAUACUCAAAGAAUUCAGUGGUCCCGAUCGUAUGUCACCAUCGUCACUACCCUUUAAAAUUGUCUUCUACCACUAACUGGAUUGAGUAGAGGGAUUUUCAUUGCUGUGUUGAGAAAUCCACUGUACCUCAUUUAUAAGCGAUAAGUCUGUCAGAUGGUGGAUUGUACUUCACCUCUAAAACAUGGCAUUGUUACAUCAGGGUACACCCCACUGUUCAUCUGUAAGUUAUUUAUUUAUAUGAUGUGAAAAUAGUCUAGAAUAAUGAGUAGAACUGAAUAAACAAUUGCAAAAUAUGCAUA